AUGGUGAUGGAGAAGGCGCUAUUCGUAAUCCAGAACUGGGAGCUGAUCGGCAACUAUUUGCUAGCGAAAUAUAAGGAUCAUCACUGGCUGCUGGCCACGCUGAAGGGGCUGAGGAAUGGCAUUAUCUACGGUUGUAAAGUCCGAUUCCCGCAUGCCCUCGUUAUGGUAUUUCUAUUUCAGGAGGGCACUAUCCUCCAAAAACUACAGACCAUCCUCCGGCUGACCCGAACCCAUGCCACAAAUCUCGCCAAAUUCGUGUGCAGCUACAAGCUGUGCACUGGGUUCCUUGAGCAGUUCAGCGGCAAGAAAUCGGAGUGGCACUCGUUCGUGUCGGCUUUCGUGAUGGGCUACUACGUGUUCGGGGAGAACAACGCCGUCAAUAUGCAGAAGGAGGUGAUUCAACAACCACAGCGCCCGAUUUUCCCGUGGUUCGCGGCAACAGUUUGGGGCCUGGUCCUUUGGCUAUUCGAGCACCAUAAGGAUACACUCCAAAUGUCCCUACAAAAAUCUAUGACCUACCUCUACCACGAAAGCGAAAUUUGGACGGGAAUCCGCGAUUUCUUACUCCGGAAUUCCGAUCGAGCAAUC